AUGGAGAGACCAAGUACACCUCCACCUCGACGGACCACCAGAGCAAACCCCGUAGUCUCACCUCCAACACCAGAAGUGACUCGGCGCAUAGAACAAAACAGACUCAAAGCCAAAGCUCUCCGCGAACAAUCUCUCGCCCGCGAGAAAGCAGAAGAAGCAUCAACCUCAUCCCUCAAACGCACCUCCGCCGCCAUCUCAACCGGCACCUCUACUCGCGAUGGCACCAAACCCGCUCCAGACAAUGGCAUCCAGGCAGCGCGCAAGUUCCGCAAAUUCGUGGACCAUGACUUCAGCAAGAUGACGGACACCAAAGGCGGCUUUCUUAGCGUCGAAGAUGAUCCUUUCAAUAAAGCACUGCAUAAACCCGCGGACGACGCGGCCAAACCGGCGCAUAUGACUUUGAAGGAAUGGGAACGACAUCAAUUGAUGAAAGAGCUGCGACGGACGAAGCAGGGGCCUUUCGAGCCGGGAUUGAGUGUGCUAGCCAAAGAUGCGGAACGCUGUAGGGAGUGUAAGGGUAUGGAGAUUGAUCAUGUGUGGUUAGAGGUUUUCGGCGUGGCGGUUUGCGGGAAGUGUAAGGAGAAGUUGCCGGAGCGGUACAGUCUUUUGACGAAGACGGAGGCGAAGGAUGAUUAUCUUUUGACGGAUCCCGAACUCAAAGACGCCGAACUCCUCCCCCACCUCAACAAACCCAACCCCCACAAAUCCCACUGGCACGACAUGAUGCUCUUUCUACGCUUCCAAGUCGAGGAAUACGCCUUCAGCACCAAAUGGGGAUCUGCAGCCGCCCUGGACGCCGAGUUCGAGCGCAGAGAAGAAGAGAAGAAAGUGCGCAAGGAGAAGAAGUUUAAGGAGAAGCUGAAGGAGUUGAAGAAGAAAACCCGCACGGAUGUUUAUAGAAGGAAUCUGCAGAAUGGGAAUAAAGCCGGACAGUUUGGGGAUCGGAUUGGAGGCGGGAAACAUGAACAUGAGUGGGGGAGGACGGUGGAGAAUGCGGAGGGGGAGACGGUUAAGACUUGUUUGGAGUGUGGGAUGCAGGUUGAGGAGUUGGAAUUUUGA